ACGAGGUAGCACGCCCAACCAACCCCGUCCCCUUCCUCCAGACCAGAGCCCGACCCACUCUGCACGACCUGAGUGCAGUGCUGGUGGUAGUGGCCACUUCAUCAUCCAGCUUCACCUCCCUAACAACCACUGCUUACCUCAUAUAGUUAGCUGAAACUGCCAUUUCAAGAACUUCUUGGUUAUCCUUGCCAUAACUGAUCGUCUCCUGCUCCUUGUUUCAUACACACACAACACACACAAAUUCAAAAUUGAAUUUCAUAGCGGUGUUCAAUGGCUUCUUUGAUCAGCUCGUCAGCUUCAGCUAUUAAUCUGGCGUUCGUAAUUCUAUCGUUCUUUCAAGUGGCGGUGGCCAGCAUAACGUUCACGUUCACGAACCGUUGCGGCGGCACGGUUUGGCCGGGGGUGCUGGCGAACUCAGGGAGCUCGCCGCUGCAGACGACGGGGUUCGCGCUGGGCGCGGGCGAGACGCGGUCGCUGACUGCCCCCGCGGGGUGGUCGGGCCGGUUCUGGGCGCGCACGGGGUGCGCGUUCGACGCGUCGGGCAAGGGCGCGUGCGCGACGGGGGACUGCGGGUCGGGCGAGGUGGAGUGCCGCGGCGCGGGCGCGGCCCCGCCCGCCACGCUGGUGGAGUUCACGCUCAACGGCGGAGGCGGCAAGGACUACUACGACGUGAGCCUGGUGGACGGGUACAACCUGCCCAUGGUGGUGGAGGCGGCGGCGCCGGGGUGCCCCGCGACGGGGUGCCUCGUGGACCUCAACGAGCGGUGCCCCACGGAGCUGCGCGCCGGGCAGGGCCAGGCGCAGGCGUGCCGGAGCGCGUGCGAGGCGUUCGGGCGGCCCGAGUACUGCUGCAGCGGGCAGUUCGGCAACCCGAACACGUGCCGCCCGUCGGUCUACUCACAGAUGUUCAAGACUGCGUGCCCGCGCUCGUACAGCUAUGCCUACGACGACGCCACCUCCACCUUCACCUGCACCGGCACCGACUACUCCAUCACCUUCUGCCCUCGAAAGCCCAACAGUCAGAAAUCGACCAGGGACCCUUCGUCGAGGCCGAACGACGUGCAGCUCGAGGACGACUCGUGGCUGGCGAGCCUGGCCACCGGCGAGAUGGACGACGCGACGGCUGCGUCCAAGGCGGCGUCGUUGCUGCUUCAGGCAGCGUUAUCAGUAGCAGUCAUUGUCUUGCUUGUAUGACCGAAUAGGCUAGCGGGCCUGAUGUGGCAAGAUGGCGUUUCUUGAUCGGCGGGAAUGGCCAGAGUUGCUUUCGGAUUCAAAACAACAUUGGCGCAAGUAGGAUGAGGACGUGAAGCAGCAUAUUUUUUAGCCUUUUGUUUUGUGGAUAGAGGGGUCGACAAGGUGGCAACUAUAGUUUCUACUUUCUAGUGCUAUUGUGACGGUGUCGGUCAACAAGCACGCUCUGCAUUAGUUUAUUGUCCUUGCAGCAAAACAUGUCACUCAAGUUCCUUUUGGUGUAUACAUUGUAUAUUUCUUUCUUUCUUUUUUAAUCUCUUCUUGUCAUAUGAAGUAUUCGAAGUGAAGAAGUAUAGUAAGAUGUAUUGCUCUUUUUA